AUGGACUGGGACACCAGGCUCAAAAUUGCGAUUGGAUCAGCCAAAGGACUUGCUUAUUUACAUGAGGAUUGUCACCCUCGCAUCAUUCACCGAGACAUAAAGGGUGCAAACAUUCUAAUUGAAAACAACUUUGAUGCCAAAAUUUUGGAUUCGCAAAGUUUAAUCAAGACACUAACACAUGUUUCUACUUGUGUGAUGGGAACAUUUGGGUAUUUGGCUCCUGAGUAUGCAUCAAGUGGCAAAUUAACUGUGAAAUCUGAUGUUUUCUCAUUUGGUAUCAUGCUAUUGGAGCUCAUUACAGGACGACGGCCGGUAGACAACACUGGUGAUUAUGAAGAGGAUAGUUUGGUUGAUUGGGUAAAUUACUUCAAAGUUCCGAGCUCAUUUGCCAUUCUUGUGUGGAGUCCUUUAGCAUGCUCUGGGUCAUCAGUUAUACACCUGUAA